CUCAAACAUGAAGCUUUCUCUUGUCUUCAGCGUGCUUGCGUCUCUUGUGAUUCUUGCUACAGCGUACCCCACGCAAGGAGCCACCGGCAUCACGAAACGUUCCAAUGUGGAGAAGCGCAAGGAACUUGACGCCAAUGACUCCCACUACGGGAAGAGAGGCGGGGAGAAGCGCAAGGAACUUGAUGCCGACGACUUCAAUUACACCAAGUACUCUAAGGAGAAGCGCGAGGAACUUAAUGCUGAUGACUUCAAUUACCGCGCUUACUGAACUUGACGCCAGGUUCUACGCAGGUGAGUUAUAGCCGUAUGUCUUAUUUUUUUGUGGGAGUCAU